GUUCGGGAUCUAUGGGGCAAAUGUUGCCUGGCAGGUGCACUUAAAGGCGCAGCAGCGCCCUCUAGCGGCUGGCAGGCAGUGUGACGUCUGGGGAACAGUAACGGGACAGCAGGUUCAACCAUCAGUCCCAGUUGUGAAUGGAGAUGGGUAAACAAUAACGGCUCAGUGUUUUAUACACUAUUCAUAUUUCAACACUGCGGGAGAUAACUUAGUUUAUUCAUUUCAGUUCGCUUUUGGUUAAUUGAAAAGAGACGGACUCUUCCAUCAAUUAGACCACACCGGCUUUUGUUCCCGUCCGUCAUGGCGAUUGCCCACGUAGCCACUGAGUACGUUUUUUCCGACUUUUUGUUGAAGGACCCCACGGAGGCGAAGUACAAAGGGGUGCGUCUGGAGCUGGCGGUGGACAAAAUAGUCACGUUUCUAGCGGUGGGACUGCCUUUGUUUCUCAUCUCGCUCGCCUUUGCUCAAGAGGUGUCAGUUGGUACCCAGAUCAGCUGCUUUGCUCCCACUAACUUCUCUUGGAGACAGGCCGCAUAUGUGGACUCAUUUUGCUGGGCAGCAGUACAGCAACAAGCUGACAGUUCACCACUAUGGCUGCACAAGUUCUUCCCAUACAUCCUGCUCUUACUGGCCAUCCUCUUGUAUAUCCCGGCCCUGUUCUGGCGUUUCACUGCAGCUCCGCACCUCUCCUCUGACCUCAACUUCAUCAUGGAGGAGCUGGAUCGCUUUUAUAAUCGUGCCAUCAGACUGGCCAAGAAUCUAGCAUCCUUAGAUAGCAAAGGUGCACCUGAGGACACCCAGAGCAGCAGUGCCCUGGACCUGACCGAAGGUUGCUUCAAAUACCCUUUAGUGGAGCAGUAUCUGAAGACCAAGCGCUUCUCUCGCCACCUCGUGGUCAAGUACCUUGCAUGCCGUGGCCUGACUCUGCUGAUCCUCCUGCUGGCCUGCCUCUACCUUGGCUACUACAUCCAACUGGCCUCUCUCACUGAUGAGUUUCCCUGUGACCUGCGUACAGGGGUGCUGAAGAACGACAGCAUGGUGCCCUCUGCUGUCCAGUGUAAGCUCGUGGCAGUGGGUGUCUUCAGGCUGCUCAGCUACAUUAACUUGGGGGUGUAUGUGCUUCUGGCUCCGCUGGUGGUGUACGCUGCUCUCGGACCAGCUCGCCAGAGCUCCAGCUUCCUCCGGCCUUAUGAGAUGCUGCCAGGCUUUGGUGCUUUGGGUGUGGUCACGCCGUUCUACAACGACCUCAGCAUCUAUCUGUUGUUCCUGCAGGAGAACCUGAGCGAACUCAAAUCAUUCAAGUGUCUGCAGGUGCUUGAGUUGUUGCAAGAGGCUGGUGAUGAGGGGUUUGACACCAUGUGCCUACUUCGGACUCUCGGUCAGGUGAAAACCGAUGUGUUAGACAGUAAGAAGACGUGCUCACGCAAGAACAACAAAGAAACUAGUAAAGCCGAAGAAUGAUUCCUCUGAGAUCUCCCUGCUUUGUUACUGAAUGAUUGACCUGAUGAGGAUAAGCCCUGCUGUGGUGGAAACUAAGAACUUGGAGAAAAACCUGGGCACUUACCUUUAUCUGAAUUUCUGGUGGUGUAAUCCAUAUCAAAAACAGAGGAGGCCUAUACUCAUUCACACAGUCUAGUUUGGCCAACAGACAUUCUGUUAAAUGUCUAAUUUUUAAGAAAUGUGAAUACUCCAAGGACAAGUGUCUCAGGUCUGAGGCGAUCUGCCUCUGACCCCUGACCUUUUUUUCUUCUUUCUGAAUUGAAAUUCCUAUGUUUCUGUUUUUUUCUAUACUAAAUGCUACUUUUCUCAGGAUCUUAAAUGCCUUCCAGUCAUAAUUUAUAAAAUAAGCCAUGUUCCUUGGACUGAAAUCUGUACAUAAAUUUUCUACUUCCUGCCCUUUAUGUGAGAGAAGUUUCUGAACACAGGGUUUAGAUGUAUUUAUAGUUGAGGCGGGGUAAUAAGAAGAUGUAGUGACUGAUGAAAGUUUGUCCAUCCAAAGUAAGCAUAAAAUAAACACGAGUUGUUAGGUAUUAUAAGAACCACUGGACUAGCCUUGUCUGGACUGUUAAGCAUGUGAUUAUUUGCAUGUGAAUGUGCUGUCAACAACAGGUGGUAUCCUGUAUGUGUUUGUUGAAAGUAUAACAAGACCUUGGGUUGUCCAAACUGAUGGACUGGUAGCUCUGCAUUUUACAUGAAAGAUGAAUGAAUAUUCUUUGGGAAUAAAAUGUCAAUAUUAAUUAUUGUCAGAGGUAGUCUUUCAGGCUUUCACGGGCCCUUAUACAAUUAAAGAAUGUUGUUCUCAAGGA